GUUGCGAAGUAGAGGUGUGGAUGCCAAACUGUUUGUGCCGGGCUCAGCGGCCGACAAAAAAGCCCAAAACUCUCUUUUUGUCUUUUUGUGGUCAAAGCUUCAGAACUUUUGCAUGCAGCCAGAGAGCUCGUUACGGCCAGCAAGUGUCAACUGCCUCAACGUCCAGUUGGGCUGUUAUUUGUUUGCUCUAUAUCGGGAUAGGCUAUCAACCAGUUCAUUUCGCAUCGAGAAGUUUUCUAAAUCUUCCAUUUUGGGGGGAUCGGCUGCCAUACUUACACCUCCGAUAUGGCUGCAGUGACCGAAGACACGCUCACAAAAGUGUCCACCGAUGCUGCAACUGACUUCGUUCAGUCGUUCUACUCUGCCCUCCAGUCUGCCCGGCCUACCAUCUCCAGCUUCUAUUCCCAACCUAGCGCGUCGAUACUCUUCAACGGAAACGCAGUUGCCGAUGGUGCAGCUGUUCAAGAUAUAUUUAUGAAUCAGAUGCCAUCUGCAUACUACGAAGUUCAAUCUUAUGAUUGUCAAGUGCUUAACCCGAGCUAUCCUACGGCCGCAGGGCUGCAGCCUGACAUCCAAGGGCGACCGAGAGGCGGGGCAGCAGCUGCGAGAAACAUGUCAAUUUUGGUACUUGUGAGCGGUUACGUUCGAUUUGGAGAGGGUAAAGAAUCGUUUGACACGCCGAACCGAGGGUUUAGUGAAACGUUCGUGCUGGUGCCCAAUCCCCAGGCUGAUGGUGGGUUCAAAGGGAGAGGGAAGAAACAUUGGUUAAUCCAGAGUCAGAACUUCCGACUGGUUGUCUAAUAGAAGCUGCACUCUAUGGCUAUCCGCGGAUCUAGGACCUCCCCCCUUUCUGCUUCUAGCUCCGGCCAGGUAGGGUCUUGCUACGGGAUUGAUGAAACGGGAAUGUGAUGGGAGGGUUCAAUAAUAUGCGGCUUUACGUACGCGGGGGCACCGGCUAUCCAACAAAGAGAAAACAUAAAUUACACAAAUUUGAUGCAAAUGAAAGUAUGAGAAUUCGGCUCGAUUACGGUUCUGACUGAAGGACAUGGAGCCAUAACACUCGGGGAGAAACGCAGUCUGAG